AUGAGUCUAUCACGCCUUCUAUCACGACAAUGCCCAGAAUUUUGCAUCCUCGUUCGGCUUUCUUCGAGCUCGACAACGUCUCAGGUAUAUCCAAAGAUCCAACUAGCAAAACCAACCAAUGAAGCUGGUUUCUUUCAAUAUACCCGUAACAAUUCGAGAAACAAAAACGCUAGCGGACCGAUACCACAACAGGGCGACUUACCAUUGACAUUCUUGUUCCGAAGACUUGGGCAUGCUUAUGAGGUGUAUCCAUUAAUCCUCCUAUGUGGAUUUUGGUUGGCCAUUUUCUGCGUCUUUUCAUACGCUAGCUUCGGAAAAAUUGAAGUCUGGCUUGAUAGAAGCAAAUCACUUAGCCCCGCUGAUUGGGAACGCUCUCGAGAAGACUACUGGAAGAAACCAACUGUUCUCUUCGAUUUGGAUGGAAGAACUCAUAAGCGUUUGGAAAUAAUGGAAAUUCUUCAAGACGAAAUGUUGGAAGCAGCCAAGAAGAGAGGAACUCGUUAA